AAGCUCGCAAGAAACGAAUUUCAACUAUGGAAAAAUGCAUCUUCCUUGCGCUACUCUCUCUCUUAUACCAACCCACCAACUCCUUUUCGUCCUUCUACGCCUAACCCUAACCCAGUCCUUCCAAUUUCUGAUCCAAGCCAAUUGAAGGAAACCAUUGAUAGAGACAUCGGCCAUGGCAGCGAACGUUAAGCACAAGUUUAAUUGUUCCGUUGCUGGUAAAGAUAACGAUGUUACCAUGUUAGGUGGUCUCGUUUCCAAGAAGUACGGCAUUGAUUUGAUGCAAAACUGUGAUCUUCCUCCACCAGUCAAGGUGUUUACCCGGUUGGAUAAGGCGAUGGAGUUGAUGUCGAUGAAUAGCAGGGCGGUUUACAACAUCAUGGGACGAGAGGACGAUCAAGACGACGAUGGGUUUCGUGGUGGGAGCGACGGCGUUGGUGACGAUGGUACGAAAUUGGAAAUUUUCAAGGCGUUGAGAUUGUCACAAACGCGUGCGAGGGAAGCGGAAAGGAAGGCGGCGGGCUUGGCGGAGGAAAAGCAUCAUUUAUCGAAUGCAUUUAUGAAAGAUUCGUUGCAGCUGUUUGCUUAUCGGCAAUGGGUGAGACUGCUUGAGAUUCAAGUCUGGGUGCUGAAAUCGCAAAUGGUGGACAAGGAGAAGAAGCGUUGUGAUAAAACAGAGGGGGAAAGUUUGGAGGAAGAGAGUGAAAAUAAUGGGGACAAAAUGUCAUGGAAAUUUGUCUUUGGAUCUGUCUCCCUUUUAGGUCUGAGUAAUCCCAUUCUUGAAAGAGCGUCACUUUCUGCACUCAACUUCCAUGAUAAUAGCAUAUUAACAGAGAUGCAGAGACAUGCUAAGAAAUAGCAAAUGGAAACCAGA